CUUCUCCCUGGUGGCCUAGGCGAGUGUGGGGCUGGUCUGGGGUCUCCAGACACUCACAGCAUGGAAUGGUCCCUCCGGCUCCUGGCCUGCCUGGUGGGCAUCCUCCCUAUAGGAUCAUUUGUGAGAACUAAAAGAGAUACUACCGGGAACUUGCUCAACACGGAGGUGCACAGUGCGCCGGCGCAGCGCUGGUCCAUGCAUGUGCCGGCCGAGGUGAGCGCGGCGGCGGGCGAGGCGGCCGUGCUGCCCUGCACCUUCACGCACCCGCACCGCCACUACGACGGGCCGCUCACGGCCAUCUGGCGCGCGGGCGAGGCGUACGCGGGCCCGCAGGUGUUCCGGUGCGCGGCGGCGCGGGGCAGCGAGCUCUGCCAGACGGCGCUGAGCCUGCACGGCCGCUUCCGGCUGCUGGGCAACCCGCGCCGCAACGACCUGUCGCUGCGCGUCGAGCGCCUCGCCCUGGCCGACGACGGCCGCUACUUCUGCCGCGUCGAGUUCGCCGGCGACGUCCACGACCGCUACGAGAGCCGCCACGGCAUCCGGCUCCGCGUGACCGCCGCCCCGCGGAUCGUCAACCUCUCGGUGCUGCCGGGUCCGGCGCACUCCUUCCGCGCGCUCUGCACGGCCGAGGGGGAGCCGCCGCCCGUCCUAGACUGGUCCGGCCCGGCCCUGGGUAACGGCUCGGCCGCCGUGCCGGGCCCGGGUCAGGGACAGGGUCACGGCCACCAGGUGACGGCCGAGCUGCCCGCGCUGGUCCACGACGGCCGCUACACGUGCACGGCGUCCAACAGCCUGGGCCGCGCGGAGGCCAGCGUCUACUUGUUCCGAUUCCACGGCGCCUCCGGGGCCUCGUCGCUCGCCCUGCCGCUCGGGGCGCUCGGCCUCAAGGCGCUGCUGCUGCUCGGCGUUAUGGCCGCCCGCGCCGUCGCCCGCCGCCGCCCAGAGCACCCAGUUGCCCAGGACACCCCACCACGGCCCCAGGCUCAGGAGUCCAACUAUGAGAAUUUGAGCCAGAUGAGCCCUCGGGACCCACCAGCAGCCACAUGUUUACCGUGA